ACCAAAAAAGUCGUAUUAAAGAUAACACAAGAUCAAGAUAACACAAGAUCACUUAUGUGUGCAGCUUAUUUGAAAAGACCCUUAUCGACAAUGACAUCAAUUGUCGAUUAUAACAAAUUCACCUUUUCAAUACUUCCAUUUUUAACUAUUUUCACUCUUUUCAUAAUAUUUCCUUCAUCCCAUUCUCAUGAUACUCUAACAUUCGAUCCAACGAUUCCAUCCUGCGUGGCAUGCCAACAAAACUUUUCUUCCGUAGAUUCGUGUACAAGAGCCAGCAUGGUUUUUCAAAACUUCAGUGUCGUUCUUUCCGACCCUUCUCGAUUUGUUGAUGCACUUCAGUGUGCAUGCUUAGACUCAUUUCAACAAGUUUAUGCUCUCUGUUUGUAUUGUUUUCAAUUGACAAAUCAGACUCAAAAGUUUUUGGAUUCGAAAAACAUACCGCCAACAGUGGAUUCUAUUAGGUACGCAUGUGGGUUUAUUAGCACAGUUACACAUAAUGCUAGCGGAUAUAAUGCUACAGCUACUGCAUCAAAUUAUAAGUUGUAUAGCGGAGGUGCGGAAGGACUGUUUUUAAUGUUUUUGAUAGGAAUUUGGAUCUUGUAUGAAACUUGA